AUGUUUAUACAUAUGUAUAAUACAUAUUGCUUAUAUAUCAUGUUGUUUUCUUACCUUUUUAUAGGAUAUAGAAUUCUUAGGAUAUCAGAAAAUAGCCCUUGUUCCAAUGUUGGUCUAGAAAUAUUUUUCGACUACAUAAUUCAAAUAGACGAUUUGAAAUUAUUAGAUUCUUCUAAAAGUACCUAUGACAAUUUUAUCGAAAAAAUAAAACUGCAUGAAAAUAAAGAAUUAACUCUAGAUGUUUAUAAUUGUAGAUAUGAUAAAAUAAAGAAGGUUAAAGUAAUCCCAGGAAAAUGGGAGGGGAAUGGAUUAUUAGGAAUUCAUAUAAGUUAUGAAUUUUUAAAUGCUUUAAAUGAGGGUGUAAGAAUAUUAGAAAUUUUGGAAAAUUCUCCUGCAUAUCAAAGUCAAUUAAUAGAAUACGAAGAUUUUAUUAUUGGAUAUGAUAAAGGUAUUUUUAGAAAUCAAGAUGAAUUCAUGAGUUAUAUAAAUAUGAAUAAUAUAAUAAAAGAAAAUUCUCAUGAUAAAAAAGUCAUAUUUAACACUAAUUUAUAUGUUUAUAAUUAUAAACAUGAACAUAUUAGAAAAGUGCAAAUUCAACUUAAUGAUUCUUGGGGUGGAAAAGGAUUACUUGGUUGUAAUGUUGCUACAGGUUAUCUACAUAAAAUUCCACCUUGUCAAAUUAAAGGUGAAGAAGAAAAGGAAAAUAUAAAUUUAAAAGAGUCAUUAUCAUUAUCUGAUAUUAAAAAUAAUGAAAGUGAAUCUAACAAUUAUAAAAAGGAAUAUUUGGAUAUUACAAAAGUAAACGAUUUAGAAAUUGUUUUGUUAAGUGACAGUGUUGGAAAAAAUCCAAAUAAUAUAAAUAAUACCGAAUCAAAUGAAAAGGAUUCAACAAACAUAAUACCUCUAUGGAAAAAUGAAGAUGAAAAAUCAGGACGUGAAGAUAAAAAUUAUAUAAAUUCACAGGGGGUGAAACUAAACCAUGAUAAUAAUAUAAAUUAUAUGAAAAAUGAUAGUAAUAGUAAUAGUAAUAGUAGUAAUGGUAGUAGUAAAACCCUUGAAGUAGAUAUGGAUAACAAUGCAGAAACCAUUAAUUAUGAUGAUAAAUUUUCGUAUGAACUAAAAUCCACAUUAGAUGAUCAAGCAGAAGAAGAUAUUCAUGAAAUAAAAAAAGAAAAGUACCAAAAUGAACAGGUAGUAUUGGAAGAUAUAAAAAGAGAAGAACUAAAUAAUAGCCAAGAAAUAAAAAAUGAAAUAGAUACUUAUAAUUUUAAAAAUGAAGAUAUAAAAGAUGAAAUACAUAUAAUAAAAGAAGAACCAAUAAAUAAAUAUAAUGAUAAAACUAGUAGACUGAUAGAUAGCUAUUCUGAUUAUGUAAAGAAGAUGACAAUAUAUAGUAAAGAAAUGAAUGAGAUAUAUGAAAGCAUGAACAAAAAUAGUGAAAUUCUAAAUAGUAUAAAAAUGAAUGCAACAUUUAAUUAUGUAAAUGAUAAUAAUAAUAAUAAUAAUAUAUUAAAUGUAGAUAAACGUGUUCAUACUGAGGAAUAUAAAAAUGUACAUUCUCAAGAAAUACCUAUUCUUAUAAAUCCAUAUGAAAAUACAACAAUUUUAAAUAGCUCUAAAAUGGAUAAUAUAACAAAAGGAACUCAUAUUAAUAAUAAUAAUGAUGAUAUUUAUUCAAAUGAAAAUGUUCAACAUUUUCAUGAACCCUCAUUUAAUUAUGUUCAAGAUGUAAGAAAGAACAUAUAG